ACCGGGAAAGUGAGUAACACUCGAAAUGUGAAUAAGAAAUACUCAAGUUAAUAAAAAAAAAUGGUCUUGGUGGAAAAAAUUGACAUAUUUUGAUGCUGGUAGAAAAAAUAUAGAUGAAAAUAGAUUUGUAAUUUGGAAAUUGAGCAUGCACACAGAAAGUCAUGAAGGGAAAAGAAGGUUUAUUGAAAUGAGAAAUGAGAUACUAGCAAGGUCGGCAACAGAUAAUGGUGAUGUAGGUGCUGAAACCAGCAAUGUACUUGCUACAUUUGUGUCAGUGUGCCAUAAUGAAAUCCAAAUUAAAAGAAAUAAUAAUUAUUAAUGACAAAACCAUGGAUAAAUCUGUACUACUGGAAAUUUCAUUCGCACUUUUUUUUGGUUAUUUGAUUUAUAUAAGUUCCAAUGUUAUCCCUCUCCCAGGUUUCCACUCGACAAACCCCUAUACCAUUCCCCCUCCCUACUGCUUCAAUGAUGGUAUGCCCCCAUCCACCUACUCACUACUGCCUCACAGCCCUAGCAUUCUCCUAUACUGGGGCAUUGAGCCUUCACAAGAUCAAGAUCCUCCCCUCCCACUGGUUGUAGAUAAGGUUAUCUUUCACUACAUAUGCAGACAAAGCAAUUGGUCCCUCCAUGUGCACUCUGGUUGGCUGUUUAGUCUGUGGGAGCUCUGGGCUGUCUGGUUGGUUGAUAUCAUUGUUCUUCCUAUGGAGUUGCAAACCCCUUCAGCUCCUUCCUCCUUCCCCUAACUCCUCCAUUGGGGUCCCUGUGUUCUGUCUGAUGGUUGGCUGCAAACAUUCACAUAUGUAUUGGUCAAGCACUGACACAGCCUCUCAAGGGACAGCUAUAUUAGGCUCUUGUCAGCAAGUACUUCUAGGGAAAAAGCAAUAGUAACUGCCUAUGACAGGAAUUCCCAGGAGGGGCAGUUUCUGGAUGGCCUUUCCUUCCCUCUCUCCUCCAUUCUUUGUUCCUGUAUUUCCUUUAGACAGGAGCAAUUCUGGGCUAAAAUUUUUGACAUGGGUGGGUGGUCCCUCACUCUUGAAAGACAACUUUAUAUUCUUAUGAAAGAAUUCUUUUUUUUUUUUUUGGUUCUUUUUUUCGGAGCUGGGGACCGAACCCAGGGCCUUGAGCCUCCUAGGCAAGUGCCCUACCACUGAGCUAAAUCCCCAACCCCAUGAAAGAAUUCUUUAUUCACAUUUGUAUAGAUACAGGUCUCAGCACUCUAGGACAGCCUUUAACAACCAGAAAUCAUGUAUAUGAAAAACACUGACUUUGAAGUGUUCAGCAAUAUCCAGUGCAAAACACUAAAAUUAUAUGUGUCAUUAAAACACAUAAUGGGGCAUAUCAUAAUCCAAACCAAUGAGUUGCCUACAUAUGCUCUGCUUUCUUAUAGUCCAAAUUCACUGAAAGAGGUUCAUGAGUGUAUAAUCCUCAAGAAACUCUCCAAUGGUCAGUGUUGAUUCUAGAAUGCUAGCAAAAAUAGAUGGGUAGAAAGAUUUUUUUAAUCAAAGUUUACACAUUAGAACACAGUGAUGCUUCACAGUCACUAUUUAAUUCUAAGAUACUAAGAAGAUAUUUCUAAACAACACUUCCUCACCCCCAGUACUGUAGUGUAAAAUGAGAAAAACAAAGAUAAUGUAGAAUAUUUGGGUCAGCCAUAUUAUUAAAUUGAAAUAUCUGAGGAUCAGGGAGGAAGAUGAUCAUUUGGAAUUCAAAUAUUAAGACACCUUUCACAUUGUUAUUGAUUGUUUGAAAAGUAGAGUUCCAGCAACUGAACCACCAACCAGAGAGCACACACAGGGACUCACAGUUCCAUCUGGAUAUGUAGCAGAGGUCUUUCUUAUCUAGCAUCACGGGAAGGGGUGCUGCUUGGUAUUGUAGAGGCUUGAUGACCCAGGGUAGGGGGAUGAUAGGGUGCUGAGCAGGAGUGGGUGGGUGGAUGGGGUAUACCCUCAUAGAGGUAUGGAGAGGAUGGAGGGACAAUGAUAUCAACCAACCAGACCCCCCCCCAGAGCUCCUAUGGACUAAACAGCCAACCAAAGAGUACACAUGAAGGAACCAAUUGUUUUGUUUGUGAUGGAAGCAACUGGGAAGAAUCAUAAAAUGUGAGAUGUAAAUAAAUAAAAUAACCAAUAAAAAGAGAGAAAAAAAGAAAGAAAGCACACAGCAUGGCACUGUGUCUGGAUCUUGUUGAACCUUUAAAACUCAAUCUUUGUCAUAGAAAUUAAGUGUGGAUCUGUGAAGAACUGUAUAAUUUUGGAUAGAAAUGGAUUAAAUAUGUUUCUGAUUUAGUCUGUUUCUUGAUUCUCAAGACAAUGGAAGCACAGGCUUUGUUUAGAUAAUCUGUUCAUAUCACUGCUGUGACAUAGUUCAUACUGUGCAUGAUCUGUGGAUCUCAAUGAGUAUAUACAUGAGACUUCCUUUCUCUGCCUUGAACUUUGUAAUACAAUGUCUUGUGUUUCCCUAGUAGCUCCAAUUGUUGUAUUACUGGAUGUCUCACUGUGAAACGUCUAAUAAAAUCCAGUAACAUCAUUUCAAAUUGUGCUCACAUAAUCAUGUUGUUAAAAAUUUCCAAGAACCAAAUUUGAACACAAGGGCUUUUUUCCAGGUGCUCCUAAACAUGAGGAUAUCAUGGCACCUGAGAAUAAAUUAUCCUCCAAAGUAUUUACCUACCUGUUUUUAUUACAUGUGCUGUGGACACCUGUGGCAGGGCUCCAGGGGAAAAAAUGUUUGUUUCCUCCAGAGCUCAGGAGCAAUCUGAAAAAUAAAAAAUCAAAAAUAAAAAAACAAUGAAUCAUGAUUAAGCAACAAACCUCUCCUUUGCCCAGUGAAAUAAAAGUUGGUACAAAUUUGAUGUGCAUGGCACUUCACAAUCCACUCUGUCAGGGUUUAAGGAAGGAAAAACAUGUUCCUUCUGAUGGUAGUAUUCUUCCUUCUUAACAUUCCAUUUCUCCUGGCAAAUUUCAAGGAUCCCAGAUGCUUUUGGAGAAUAAAUUUGAAUGAAGUCAAGGAUGAAGCCCUUGGGAUGACUUGUUCCUUCAUCCUCGGAACAGUUCAGAAGCCUAUGGACAAAGAUUAUUUCAACCAGACUCUGAAUGUCCUAAAAACAACUACAAACCACACAUUUGCUUUGGCAUUGGCCUUUGCAGUGGAUGAAAUCAACAGUAAUCCUGAUCUUUUACCAAAUAUGUCUCUGAUUAUAAAAUACAAUUUGGGCCAUUGUGAUGGACAAACACCAACAAUUCCACCCGAUUUAUUUUACCCAAAUAAUCAUCAGCCUUUCCCUAAUUAUUUCUGUAAUGAAGAGAUUAUGUGUUUGGUUCUGCUUACAGGACCACACUGGAGCCCAUCUUUAUAUCUCUGGAUAUUCGUGUAUGUCUACUUUUCUCCACAUUUCCUUCAGCUUUCCUAUGGACCUUUCUACUCCAUCUUCAGUGAUAAUGAACAAUAUCCAUAUCUCUAUCAGAUGGGCCCAAAGGACUCAUCACUAGCAUUGGCAAUGGUCUCCUUCAUACUUUACUUCAAGUGGAACUGGGUUGGACUAUUUAUCUCAGAUGAUGAUCAAGGCAAUCAAUUUCUCUCAGAGUUGAAAAAAGAGAGCCAAACCAAGGACAUUUGCUUUGCCUUUGUGAACAUGGUAUCAAUCAGUGAUGUUUCAUACUAUCAUAAAACUGAAAUGUACUACAAUUUUGUGAUGUCAUCCACAAAUGUUAUUAUCAUUUAUGGGGAAACAAACAGUAUUAUUGAAUUAAGCUUCACAAUGUGGUCAUCUCCAGUUAAACAGAGAAUAUGGGUCACCACAAAACAAUUUGAUUUCCCUACCAGCCAGAGAGACUUAACUCAUAGCACAUUCUAUGGAACCCUUACAUUUCUACACCACUAUGGUGAGAUUCCUGGCUUUAAAAAUUUUGUACAGACACGGUACCAUCUCAGAAGCACAGAUUUAUAUCUCAGAAUACCAGAGUGGAAGUAUUUUAACUAUGAAGCCUCAGCAUCUAACUGUAAAGUACUGAGAAACUAUUUAUCCAAUGUCUCACUGGAAUGGCUAAUGGAACAGAACUUUGACAUGUCCUUUAGUGAUUAUAGUCACAACAUAUACAAUGCUGUGUAUGCCAUUGCCUAUGCACUCCAUGAGAAGAAUCUGCAAGAAGUUGAAAAUCAAGCAAAAAACAAUGGGAAAGGAGAAAAUACUCACUGCUUGAAGCUAAACUCAUUUCUGAGAAAGACCCACUUCACUAAUCCUCUUGGGAACAGAGUGAUUAUGAAACAGAGAGAAAUAGUGCAUGAAGACUAUGACAUUUUUCACAUGUGGAAUUUCUCACAACGCCUUGGGAUUAAGGUGAAGAUAGGACAAUUCAGCCCAUAUUUUCCACAGGGUCAACAGUUACACUUAUAUGUAGACAUGACUGAAUUGGCUACAGGAAGUAGAAAGAUGGCAUCCUCUGUGUGCAGUGCAGAUUGUCAUCCUGGAUUCAGAAGAAUCUGGAGGGAGGAAAUGGCAGCCUGCUGUUUUGUUUGCAGCCCCUGCCCUGAAAAUGAAAUUUCUAAUGAGACAAAUAUGGAUCAGUGUGUGAAUUGUCCAGAAUACCAGUAUGCCAACACAGAAAAGAACAAAUGCAUUCAGAAAGGUGUGAUCUUUCUAAGCUAUGAAGACCCCUUGGGGAUGGCUCUUGCCUUAAUCGCAUUCUGUUUCUCUGCAUUCACAGCAGUGGUACUUUGGGUCUUUGUGAAGUACCAUGACACUCCUAUUGUAAAGGCCAAUAACAGAAUCCUCAGCUACCUAUUAAUCGUGUCACUCAUGUUCUGUUUUCUGUGCUCCUUUUUCUUCAUUGGCUAUCCUAACAGAGCAACCUGUAUCUUACAGCAAAUCACAUUUGGAAUUGUCUUUACUGUGGCUAUUUCCACAGUUCUGGCCAAAACAAUCACUGUGGUUCUGGCUUUCAAAGUCACAGACCCAGGAAGACGAUUAAGAAACUUUUUGGUAUCGGGGACACCCAACUACAUUAUCCCCAUAUGUUCCCUAUUGCAAUGUUUUCUGUGUGUAAUCUGGCUAGCAAUUGCUCCUCCCUUUGUCGAUAUUGAUGAACACUCUGAGCAUGGCCACAUCAUCAUUGUGUGUAACAAGGGCUCCGUUACUGCAUUCUACUGUGUCCUGGGAUACUUGGCCUGCCUGGCCCUUGGAAGCUUCACUAUAGCUUUCUUGGCAAAGAACCUGCCUGACACAUUCAACGAAGCCAAGUUGUUGACCUUCAGCAUGCUAGUGUUCUGCGCUGUCUGGGUCACCUUCCUCCCUGUCUACCAUAGCACCAAGGGCAAGGUCAUGGUUGCUGUAGAGAUCUUCUCCAUCUUGGCAUCCAGUGCAGGGAUGCUGGGAUGCAUCUUUGCACCCAAAGUUUACAUCAUUUUAAUGAGACCAGACAGAAAUUCGAUCCACAAAAUCAGGGAGAAAUCAUAUUUCUGAGCAAAUAUUUCAGGAAUUCUGUCAAAUGUAAAGUUGUUACGUACACUCCAAAUAUUUAGCUACAGAGCAUGAAUUUUAGAAUUUAGUUUUAGAAUCACUCUUGCUGAUUUCUCUAGCUAUGUUUAGAAGUACCAUAUCUACUGAUCUUGCAUACAUUGUCCAUAAAAUCUUGCAAUCAUUCAUUUGCUUAGUAUCCCCUGGGAGAACUAUAAUUUUCAAAUAAGUAGUACAACUUUAUUCAUAAUUUUGCUUUCAUGAGGCUUUCCCCCUGAUAACUUAGAGUAAAUUUGAUAAGGCAGUUGAAUCUAUAACCUUGUAUAGAAAGUGAGUUCUAGGAUAGACAGGGAUUAUACAUAAAAACAAACUAACUAAAAAUCAACAAAGAUGAAAUCAGAACACAUUUUCUUAUUUCCAGUAGGAGCACAUGCAACAGAUACUGUCUUUUUUUCAGCUGCUCUUCAAGAUACUGGCCAAUAGUCUAAGCUGAAAAUGUUCUUUAUCUACUCUCAAAUACAAAAAUAUUAUAUACAACAAUGAACAGAAUCCAGGGACUCCUGUGGUUGUGUUAGGGAAUAGUUUGAAGAUACUGAGGAGGGUGACCCAUAGGAAUACAAACAGUCUCAACUAACCUGGACAACAAAGACACUGAGCCACUAACAAGUCAGCAUACUCCAGCUGUUAUAAGGCCCCCAACACAUAUGUAACACAGGAUUGCCUGAUCCAGCCUCAGCAAGAGAAUACACACCUAACCACAAAGAGACUCCCCCAAGGGAUUGGGGAGGUCUGGGGUUUGGAGAGUUGCAGAUUGCCCCUUGAUAACUGGCAGGAGGUAUUGGAUGAGAAUAAGUCAGGGGGAAGACUAGGAAGGGAAUAAUGAUGGAACUGUAAAAAACAAUAUUAAGGAAUAAAAAAACAAAACAAAGGAGGCUUGUAGAUAUAGCAACAUGAUAUUAUAUUGUAAUUAUGGAAAGGAUUGGUAAAACUGAUAUUGGUUUGUACCUAAUUUUUCUCAGAGUUGUUCUUGGUGUGCAGUAAUGAUUUGAGUCCUGGACUCACAAAAUUCUAGAAGGAUCGAAUGGGGGCCAGAUGGUUUCAUUGUGCUGCUUCCUAGAAAAUGAAUUUUCAAAAGGAAAUUGAAUGUUUGCAGUUGCACUAAUCCUUCACAUUCAUCAAUUCUCCUCCCACAAUGGGAGGCUGAAUGGGUGUAUAAUGCAUCAGAAUUAUCAAAAAAUUACUUCUCUGAGUUACUCUUCAUAGAAAUAUAAUCAUUAGUAAUGUCCCUUUAAAGAACACAUUCUGCUUUAACAGUCACAUUUUACUGUAUCCUGCAAAACUCUCAAUUAACACAGAUGGAGAAAGGAAGAUAUUCCAUGACAAAAGCCAAUUUACACAAUAUCUUUCUACAAAUCCAGCCCUACAAA